GCACAGCUUUACAGAGCAGAGACUUUUCAAAGUGAGGAACAGAGAAGGGAGGCUGACCUAUCAGAACAGGCUCUCGCCACCUUUGAAUGACUUCCUGAGCAACAGGGCUUCACAGUUUUCUGGUGGAUUAAAAGACAGGAUUUCCCCCCUCGUUUGAAGCUGCAGACUGACCAUGAGGCUGGUUUUGUUGGCUGCCGUUGUGCUGCUGAUGCUGGUGGAAGAUGGAUCCGGAGAGAGGACCCUGUCCAGGAGAACCAGGAGGGAGCUGGCCAGCCCUCUGCACGUGGGCGGGAUCAGGGACCCCUUCGGCUCCUACUGCCAGCGGCGGGGGGGCUGCUGCCCGGGGAGGGAUGACCAGUGCACGGUGCCUUACCUGGACACGAUCUGCUACUGCGACCUGUUCUGCAACCGCACCGUGUCCGACUGCUGCCCCGACUUCUGGGGCCACUGCCUGGGCAUCCAGCCGCCUUUCAUCGGCGUCUGUGAAAGAAACGGGAACAGGUUCUUUACGGGACAAACGUACAAGGAGAACUGCAACCUAUGCACAUGCGGGACCACGGGCCGCUGGGAGUGUGAGCAGAACGCUUGUCUGAUGGAGGCCGACAUCAUCAAUAACGUCAACAGAGGGAAUUAUGGGUGGAAAGCAGCGAACUAUAGCCAGCUCUACGGCAUGACUUUGGACGAAGGCAUCCGCUUCCGCCUCGGCACACAGAGACCCUCCAGAACGAUCAUGAACAUGAAUGAGAUACAGAUGAACAUGGAUCCUCAGAGCGAGCGCUUGCCGCUCUACUUCAACUCCGUGGAGAAGUGGCCGGGGAAGAUCCACGAGCCGUUGGAUCAGGGGAACUGUGCGGCCUCCUGGGCCUUUUCCACAGCAGCCGUGGCUUCGGACAGAAUCUCCAUCCAGUCGAUGGGUCACAUGACCCCCCAGCUGUCGCCCCAAAACCUCAUCGCCUGUGACACGCGGAACCAGGGGGGCUGCGCGGGGGGGCGGGUGGACGGAGCCUGGUGGUACCUGCGGCGCCGUGGCGUUGUGACGGAGGACUGUUACCCGUAUCAGCCCCCCCAGCAGACGCCGGCCGAGGUGGGGCGCUGCAUGAUGCAGAGCCGGUCGGUGGGCCGAGGGAAGAGGCAGGCCACCCAGCGCUGCCCCAACUCCUACAACCACCACAACGACAUCUACCAGUCCACCCCCCCAUACAGGCUCUCAUCAGACGAGAAGGAGAUCAUGAAGGAGAUCAUGGACAACGGCCCUGUGCAAGCUAUUAUGGAGGUGCAUGAAGACUUCUUUGUCUACAAGAGUGGAAUCUACAAACAUACUGACGUCAGCUUUACCAAACCGUCACAGUACCGCAAACACGGCACACACUCCGUCAGGAUCCUGGGGUGGGGAGAAGACAGAGACUUUAACGGGACGCCAAGGAAGUAUUGGAUUGCAGCCAACUCCUGGGGGAAGAACUGGGGAGAGAACGGAUACUUCCGCAUCGCUCGUGGGGACAAUGAAUGUGAAAUAGAAACAUUUGUGAUCGGCGUUUGGGGAAGAAUCACAAUGGAGGACAUGCAGAGCCAUCAUCACCACCACCGCCGCCGUCACAUCUAAAGACCCUGCGCAUACUCACUGAUCCACUGUGGCCUUUCAUUUUCUCCCAACUUUGGUUGAUUACUCAACGCAGAAGAUAAUCUCCCCGAGAGUCUCAUCACAUCUCUUCGCCUACAAAGUUGGCUGGAGUAGCCGCACAAUCGACCAUAGACACUUCACGCAUUACACCUCAAACUCAAGCUAGGCAGCGACCCCCUUUUUAUCUACCUUGUCGGACAUUUUAACUGAAUUACCCACCUCACUUUCCCUCUAAGUCCAUUCUAUGGCACCAAAAAACAUAGGAAACCAAGCUAAAGUUAUCUCACUUUGCGUUGCAUUCAAGCAUCUCAGGUACCUGAAGCUCCAAAGACCAAAUUUCCGUGAAUCAUCACAACGAUGUCUGAUGGAAGGGUUCAUUAAAAUGGGUGAUGACAGAGGAAGAAGCUCAGUCUGAGCCUUUUAUUCUGUAGUCUUCUCCAGCUCCGAUUCCAUCGACCAGAGGGACCCUUUAUUAGUGGGAAAGUUUGGAAACUGGAAAUCUGAGAGUCAGAUUAUCAGACAUUAGACCCUUUCAGAGGGACACACCCUGCUGAAGGAUGGAACCCGAUGAUAUAUUGACAUGUAAAGGUGAACGUUUAUACGCACCCUCAGCUUAGAAAAGUCACCUGUACAGAGUUUAUCAUAUAUUUAAUCAAAAUCAUAGCAGGUGAGACUUAAAGGCAAAGAAUUUUAGAGUGUUGUAUUAGUAUUAAAAUACUUAAAAUGAUUCCUAAGACCAUAGAAGUGUUCAAAUGUUGGCCCCUUUUCAACAUGUCUACACCGAAACAGACACUGUCACAGCAUUAGCUUCCAACCAGUCGUUAGAUUUUGGCUGCAGGUAUAAAUACAUGACACAAAGGAGUCUCUGCACAAAAUGAUACAUAAAGAAAAAAAAGCCAUGCUGCCGGGCCCCGAUGUUUUAAACUUAUAUUCCUGAUCCGUUUGGGGGUUGAAAAGACUGUAACGCCCUCAUCAAACAGAGCUGACCACUGUAAAAGGAAGUAUGUAUAGAAGUCUUAAUGUACUCUGUUCUGUGUACACUGUUACAAUUCGAGCUGAAGAUUUUAUUUUUUGUCGCAGUUAUAUUUUAAAGUUAUAAUUACCAUGUGCUUUAGAUGUAAGGUGGAUAGAAAUCUUCAUAACAUAUCUUCCGCUUAAAUGUCAUUAUUUUAACACAUUGAGGACCAUAAGAGUUGGGAUACUGCUGCUAAUGUCCAGUCUGUGCCUCCAUACUUGUCUUUACGCAUUUGUAGUGAGCAUGGAAAGCCAUUUCUCGCAAUUCUUUGAGUCAAAGGGGCUGAAAUUGAGCUGUUUUUGUGUGGUUAAAAGACAAGCGCGUUCCUUUAUUUUAAGGUGUUCCUCAAACCCCUGUACUGAUAUUUCUCAUAUUUUCAAGGUGCUUUCAGAUGUUGUUGUUUUAGCCUCACUUGAAAAGGACAGCUCAGUCUGUUAUUACCGUUUAUCUUAGAUCAUACCCUGGCCGGCUCGAGUUGUGGCUUCAAAAGCAUUUUUAAUUCCUCUGCCGUCAUGUCUUGUGAUCUUUUAGGUCUUUCUAGCAUUUCCUUUAGGCAUGACAAGGCAAAUAGUAUCAAAUCAAAGAGAAACGUCUGCAUGGACAAGCAAUGUGCAAUGAGGCCAGAGAUUACUGUAGCAGCUGCAUGUCUCACAUGGGAUGUUCCAAAUCUUUGCUUUUAUUUACAACCAAGCGAAGGAAAAAACAAAGUGAGAGCGGUCAGUCAGUGUGAGCUUCAAGGAAAGUUUACAGGGAUGAAACGCGUGAGAUUGAGCUCCUGGUACAGAAGAGAGGGAAAUACAGCUGCCAGCUUUUAGCUUCUCUGCAGCAAAGGAAGUCAGUUUAACACAAAAAAAAAAAAAAAAAAAC